ACGUGACGCGGCUCGCGGCGGACCACGUGGCGUGGGGCGGGCGGGCACGUGACGCGUCGAGGCCGCCAUGGAGGAGGAGGGCGGCGCUGAGCGGCGGCGGCGGCGGCGCCGGGAGCAGGACCCCGUCGUGCGGCUCUCCAAGGCCCUGAGCUACGUCCUGCGCCACGGGGCCGUCGCCAUGGGGCUGCCCAUGGGGCCCGACGGCUUCGUGGAGGUGGGGGCGCUGCUGCGGCUGCCGCCCUUCGCGGGGGUCUCGGAGGGCGACGUGAGGCGCCUGGUGGCCGCCGACCCCAAGCAGCGCUUCGCCCUGCGGUCCGGCCCGCUGCGCCUGCGCGCCAACCAGGGCCACUCGCUGCAGGUGCCAGAGCUGGAGCUGGCGGCGCUGGUGACGCCGGAGCAGCUGCCGCCGACGCUGGCUCACGGCACCCGGCGCCGGUGCUGGGCCCCGAUCCGGGCCGGGGGGCUGCGGCCCAUGGGGCGGACCCACAUCCACCUGGCGCCGGGGCUGCCCGGGGACCCCGGCGUGCGCAGCGGGAUGAGGCCGGACGCCGAAAUCGCCAUCCUCAUCGACGGCCCCCGGGCGCUGGCCGACGGGAUCCCCUUCUUCCGCGCCGCCAACGGGGUGAUCCUGACGCCCGGCGACGCCAGCGGCUGCCUCCCGCCCCGCUACUUCCUCUGCGCCCUCCAGCUGCGCCCGCACCGUAAGGGCCCAGGCGUCCGGGAGCCCCCCAGCCCCCCCCAGGGACCCAGGCAUCCAGGCUGCCUGCUGCCGCUGGAGGAGCCCUCGCACGAGGACGCGGGGGGGCAGCGCCCGUCGCACGAGGACACGGGGGGGCAGCGCCCGUCGCACGAGGAUGCGGUGGAGCCGCCCUCGCACGGGGGCCGGCGGGGGGGGGAUUCCUGACACAAGCCAAUAAACCGUUUGCUGCCGUGACCGGGGCUCGCUGG